CAGACCGUUUAGUUUAAGACGAAUCGUCGAUCGAAUAAGAACGAACUUAGUACGUUAUUCGUGUGCAGUACAAUACGGUACGCGUUUCAUUAUUCACGACUAGCUGCGUUAAAGUAUUACUCAUACGCUUACACACUCCAACGUUUUAUACAUUCACACAGAUAAGAUAAUAUAUUGCAUCAGUAUGGGUCGCCUAUCGAUGUUGUUUAAUAUCUCUGUAGUUUUUAUAAUUCUACUGUCAAAAUUAACGUUGGCCAGUGACAACAGCGACGGCAAACGUGAACUCAAUUGUACGGCUGUUUUUAUUCAGAAAGAAUUAAGAGAAGCACAAUCAGAUUCGUCUGAAUCAUCCGAAGAAAUGGCAAGCGGUAACGAUGUGGACUACAAAUCAGCAUCAUCAAUCUACGAUUUCACCGUAAAAGAUACGUACGGCAAAGAUGUUUCAUUGGAUAAGUACCGUGGCAAUGUGGUGCUCAUCGUGAACAUUGCAUCACAGUGUGGUUUAACCAAGAACAACUACGCAAAAUUGAAUGAGCUGAAAAAACAGUACUAUGAAAGAGGAUUGCGUAUAUUGGGUUUCCCAUGCAACCAAUUCGCCGGCCAAAGUCCAGAAAAUGACGGUGACGAAAUGGUUUGCCAGUUGGAAAAGGACAAGGGUGAAUUUGGCGAUGUCUUCGCCAAGAUUAAUGUGAAUGGAAAUUCAGCUGCUCCACUAUACAAAUACUUGAAGGAUAAGCAGGGCGGUUUCCUUGGCAGCGCCAUCAAAUGGAAUUUCACCAAAUUCUUGGUCGACAAAACCGGACAACCAGUAAAUCGUUUUGCACCAACCACCGAUCCAAUGGACAUCGCCAAGGAAAUUGAAAAACUUUUGUAGAUUUAUUGCAUUGCGUGUAUUUACAGUGUCGCUCAAUCAUAAAAUUCAUAUUUUUUGACGAUAUUUUCAAUCAAAUUUUGCACGUGAAUUUCUCACAAAUAACUUAAGUAAUACGGCAUACCAGUUUCGUUCUCAUUUUAGAAGAGAAUUUAAAAAUUUCUGAAAAUAAUUCGUUUUUUUUUGUACUUUUUAAUGAAAUUCUUCACUUUAAUAAAAAUCAAAACAGAACAGUGUUA